AUGCUUGCGGGCUUAGAUUGCGCAGCUGCUUACAUCGACGAUAUCUUUGUCUCAGGUAGAAACCAACAAGAGCAUGACAACAACUUACAUGAAGUUCUACAACGUAUUUAUCAAUACGGGUUUAAACUCAAGAUCGCAAAAUGCAAUUUUUCAGUUCCUGAAAUUGCUUACUUGGGAUAUAUUGUCAGUAAAGACGGCAUUCGCCCAGAUCCAAAAAACAUUGAAGCAAUCAAGACAAUGCCUGCUCCAACCAAUCAAUCCGAACUUAGAUCACUCUUAGGUGCUAUCAAUUUUUAUGGAAAAUUCAUAAAUCACAUGCGCAAAUACCGAGGACCAUUAGGCGAACUACUUCAAAACAACAAGCAGUGGCAAUGGACGGAACUUCAUCAACGCUGUUUGGAUGGUUUCAAGCAAAUUUUGUCAUCAGAGUUAUUAUUAGCGCAUUACGAUCCACUAAAAAACAUAGUAGUCGCUGCAGAUGCAUCUAACUAUGGGCUCGGAGCUUGCAUUUUUCAUGAAGCUGACGACGGUUCAAUGAAAGUAAUAUGUCAUGCGUCCAGAUCACUAACGCCCACAGAAAAACAAUAUAGCCAAAUAGAAAAAGAAGCUCUUGCGCUUAUUUUCGCGGUUACGAAAUUUCACAGAAUGGUUUUUGGGAGAAGAUUCAAACUUCAAACAGAUCAUAAGCCUCUUCUAGCUAUAUUUGGUGAUAAAACGGGAAUUAAGGUGCAUCAAGCAAAUAGACUUCAACGUUGGGCAAUUAAACUGAUUGCAUACGACUUCGAAUUAAAGUUUAUUUCAACUAACAGUUUUGGGUAUGCAGACGUUUUAUCACGACUCAUACAUAAUACAAUCAAUCCUUCAGAAGACUAUGUCAUCGCUGCAGUAGAGUUUGAAAUUGAAAGUAAACAAAUUUUACAUAACUCACUUGAUAAGCUGCCGCUUACCAGCAAAAUGAUUACUUACGAAACAGCUAAGGACAAGGUUUUAGCUAAAAUUCUCGAAUAUGUAACUGAAGGAUGGCCAUCAAACUGCAACAACAGUGAGUUAAAAGCUUACUUUAACCGAAAAAACGACAUAUGUAUAGUUGACGGAUGUUUAAUGCUCGGACAACGCAUUAUUAUACCUCAAAUUUUCCGAAAGCGCAUUCUUAAAGAAAUUCACCGAGGUCAUCAAGGCAUAGGUCGUACUAAAGCCAUCGCGCGGAACUACGUUUAUUGGUCAAAUAUCGAUUACGAUAUUGAAGCAAUGGUGAAAAGUUGUUCAAAUUGUGCCGCAGCAGCUAAAAUGCCCACAAAAACAACUUUACAUCCUUGGCCAAAACCUUCUGAUUCUUGGGAACGGCUCCAUAUUGAUUAUGCAGGACCAAUAGAUUCAUACUACUAUUUGGUCGUAAUCGAUGCGUUCUCAAAAUGGCCAGAAAUUAUACAAACAAAAUCUAUAACAGCAACUCAAACAAUUUCCAGCUUGAAAGAAAUUUUCGCUAGAUUUGGGUUACCGAAGACAAUAGUUUCAGACAAUGGUACUCAAUUUGUGAGUCACCAAUUUCAAGAGUUUUUAGCGGAAAACGGCAUUAGUCAUAUACGAAGCAGUCCGUACUAUCCCAUGUCAAAUGGACAAGCCGAAAGGUUUGUGGAUACUUUAAAGCGAGCACUCAAAAAGUUAAAUGGGAAGGGGGUAACUGCUGAAAAUCUUCAAACAUUUCUACAGGUUUACCGAUCAACUCCGAAUAAGCAAAAUGAGGACAGUAAAUCGCCAGCUGAAGUUUUACUAAAAAGAAAUAUCCGUAUUAAACUUGACUUAAUUAAACCAACGCUGGUGUCUUUACCAGACCCAAAUGCCAAGUUUAAAAACAAGUGCGAUACACAACUCAAAAUGAAAGCGCAAUUUGACAAAAGGCACGGUGCAAAGCCAAAGUUUUACGAAAAACAAGAGCUCGUUUAUGUCAAUAUAUUUAAAAACAAACACUUUGAAUGGACAAAAGGAAAAAUAAUCGAACGCAUAGGUAACGUCAUUUAUAAUGUUCGCUUACAAAAUGGCAAACUUAUUCGUGCACAUGCCAAUCAAAUUCGUGACCGUAAAGAUCAAGAAAAUGAGUUAUCUUUAGAAAUAUGUACUUCCGAAGAUAUCGCCAACGAAAAGUGUUUAGUUGAUGCAUUUGGCCUCUACGAAACAACACCUAAAGAUGUGGUCGAAAUAACUAACAACAACAUGGUUUCGACUCCAGAUCAAUCUUUCAACGAAGUAACCGAGAUUGCAAUCCCUCAAACUGAGAAGCACAAUGAGGCAGUUGUUCCGUAUACCCGACCAAGGCGUACUAGACAUCCUGUUGACCGUUAUAGACCCUAG